AUGGCAGACAAGGAGUUCACGUAUUCCGACAUCUCGGCGCACGCGACCAAGAAGGACCUCUUCCUCGUUAUCCACGAUAAGGUCUACAACGCCUCGAGCUUCGUUGAUGAGCAUCCCGGUGGAGAAGAAGUCCUCCUAGACGUCGGCGGCCAAGACGCAACAGAAGCCUUCGAAGACGUCGGCCACAGCGACGAAGCCCGCGAGAUCCUCGAAGGCCUGCUGGUAGGGACACUGAAGCGACAGGAGGGCGACCCAAAGCCCAAGUCCUACGAACCCGGCAGCGUCUCCUCCUCCGAUGCUGGCGGCCUGGGCGUCGGUCUAUAUGCCCUGAUCCUGAUCGGCGGCGUGCUCGCCUUCGGCGCCUACCAAUACCUGCAGACGAAGCAGGAGUCGACCUAA